AUGAUUUAAAUCUAGGAAGCCCAUGAUGAAUGGAUUAAGUAGUAACUAUAAGAUGCUGCAUUUUGUAAAAAUUAAGUUUAAACCAACAGUUCAUUUAAAGUAUCUGAAAUUAUUCCAAUAUUUCCAAAUUAAAUUAUUUAUGAAAUGAAUCUGAAAAUAAUUUAAAGGGAUGAUAUGAAUAAAUACAAAAAUAAUCAUUAAUAUAAAUGA